CUCUCCUCCUCCCUUCCCUCCCCGAAACCCUAACCUCUGCAACCAUCCUCCUCCUCCUCUCCAAUGGCGCCCGUGGACCCCCACUCCUUCACCGACUCCGGCCACCCCCUGACCACCCACGUCCACCUCUCCCUCUACUUCGACUUCCCUUCCUCCACCAUCCACUCCUCCGCCCUCCUCUCCCUCUCCUCCCCGCACUCCGGCCCCUUCUCCCUCGACACCCGCUCCCUCUCCCUCCUCUCCGUCCUCGACCCCCAGACCCGCAACCCGCUCCCCUUCUCCCUCUCCGAUCCCGACCCCAUCAAAGGCCAGAACCUGGUCGUCUCCCUCUCCGGCCACUCCUCCGUCCUCGUCGUGUACUCCACCACCCCGGCCUCCUCCGCCCUCCAGUGGCUGAGCCCGCCCCAGACGUUCAACAAGACCUUCCCUUUCGUGUUCACCCAGUGCCAGUCCAUCCACGCCCGCGCCGUCUUCCCCUGCCAGGACACCCCCGCCGCGCGGAUCCGCUACUCCGCCCGGAUCAACGUCCCGCGCCAGCUCUCCGCGGUGAUGUCCGCCCGCCACGCGGACCGCCGGCCCCCCGUGGCCGGGGAGGGGGCGGGGCUGCCCUGCGGGGACGCGCUGUGGUGCGCGGAGGGGAGGGUGGUGGAGGAGUUCGUGAUGGAGCAGCCGAUCCCGCCGUACCUGUUCGCGUUCGCGGUCGGGGAAUUGGGGUUCAGGGACGUCGGGCCCAGGACUAGGGUGUACUCGGAGGCAGCGCCCGCGGUGUUGGACGCGGCGGCGGCGGAGUUCGCGGGGACGGAGGACAUGAUAAGGCAAGGGGAGAGGUUGUUUGGAGACUAUGAGUGGGAGAGGUUUGAUUUGCUGGUACUGCCUCCGAGCUUUCCUUAUGGAGGAAUGGAGAACCCGAGAAUGGUGUUCUUGACUCCGACGGUGAUCAAGGGGGACGCCAGCGGUGCGCAGGUCGUUGCCCAUGAGCUUGCUCAUAGCUGGACGGGGAACUUGAUCACUAACAAGACUAAUGAGCACUUUUGGUUAAAUGAGGGAUUUACAACUUAUGCGGAGAGGAGAAUCGUGGAGGUGGUCCAAGGCGAAGAGAGGGCUGCGUUGAAUAUUGGAAUUGGUUGGAGAGGCUUAAACGAGGAAAUGGAGAGAUUUAGCGACAAUAUGGAGUUCACUAAGCUCAAAACAAAGCAGGAAGGAGUGGACCCGGAUGAUGUGUAUUCUCAAGUUCCUUACGAGAAAGGUUUCCAGUUUCUAUGGCGAAUUGAACGCGAGGUUGGAAGACCUGCGUUCGAUGAAUUCCUGAAGAAGUAUAUUGCUACCUUCAAGUUUAAAUCAAUCGAUACAGAGAUGUUCCUAGAAUUCCUGAAAACCAAUAUUCCCGGAAUAGAGAAUAAGGUUGACUUGGUUCUAUGGACCGAGGGCACUGGCAUUCCUCCAGAUGCCUUUGAACCUAUCUCAAAUAUAUACACAAAGAUUGUGACAUUGGCUAAUGAGUUUAAAGCCGGGAGGAUGCCGGCGGAGGACGAAGUUGCUGACUGGCAAGGGCAGGAAUGGGAGCUUUACCUGGAGAACCUUCCAAAAUCUGUGGAAGCUUCGCAGAUUUUAGCCUUGGAUGCUCGAUAUAGGCUAUCAGAAUCAAAGGAUUACGAAGUGAAGGUGGCAUUUCUCCAAUUGGCAAUUUCCUCUGGGUGCAGUCAGUAUCAUGGCGAGGUGGAGAGAACUUUAAAAGAAGUGGGAAGAAUGAAGUACCUCCGUCCGCUCUACACUGCUCUUGUACAGGGGAACGGAAGGCAAGAAGAGAAGAUUUUCGCGAAAAGGGUUUUCGCAGAGGCUCGCGACUGUUACCACCCGAUAGCUCAGGGUGUGGUCGAGUCGAUCUUCUCCAAGCACAUGUAAAACCGAUAUAUAUCAACUGUAAAUGCCAGAUCCUGGAUCUGGAAUGCUCAUGACUCUAACAUAAAGUAGUCUUUUGCUGUAGAUCUCUACAGCCUGGGGAACAAGGCUACCGAUUUUUUUGUUGAGAAUGCUAAGAUACAUCUUGAAUGAUCCGGAUCACCGGAUCAUCGGGACAAAGAAUUAACGAAAUGUCUGUAAUUAUU